AUGUCAACGCCGAAAACCGAUAUCUCACUCUACACAGCCGGCACCCCAAACGGCCAGAAAAUCUCCAUCACUCUCGAGGAGUUAGGGAUCAAGUACGAAACAACACAUAUUGAUAUCUCAAAGAAUACUCAGAAGGAGGAUUGGUACUUGAAGAUCAAUCCAAAUGGCCGCAUCCCCGCAAUCAUCGACCGAACACCAACUCCCGAGGGGAAGAGUCGCGAGAAGAGGGUAUUCGAAGGGCAAGCCAUAAUGCUCUACCUGUGUCAAAAAUACGAUAAAGAUUCCAAGAUAUCAUUUCCAUUUGACACCGAGAAGUACUGGGAAGUCAUGGAAUGGAUGACUUGGAUGCAAAGCGGAAUUGGUCCUAUGCAAGGCCAAGCAAACCAUUUCUUCCGCUACGCGCCGCAGAAGAUCGAGUAUGCGAUUCAGCGGUACCAGACUGAAACCAAACGCCUCUACAAAGUUCUAGAAGAUAGGCUCGCAGAGCAAAAGGGUAUUAACAAGACGGCGGCGGGGACUAAAGCUAGUACCGCAGGUGGCGACGGAGGGAGCGGCAAUGGGGACGGGCCGUGGGUGGUAGGUGAUCGGUAUACGAUUGCGGAUAUCGCUUGUUUCUCUUGGGUUAAUUGGGCGGAAUGGGCUGGUGUCGAUGUUGCUGGAUUCCCGGAGGUCAAGAAAUGGGUGGACAGGAUUAAUGCACGAGAGGCGGUGAAGAGAGGACUGGAUGUUCCUGAACCUUUCAAGAUGAAGGAGAUGAUGAAGACGAGGGAGGGGGAGGAGGAGUACGCUCAAUAUCAUUCGAGUUGGGUUAUGAAGGGGCAGCAGAAGGAUCAGGCGACGCAUAAGUGAGGAGUGGUUUUUGCACGUGAACAAAGGACUUCUGUGUCACCACUCAAGUCUAUACGUAGUUGGCGUUUCCUCGAAACCUCAGAAAAGGAUGUAUUUGAUCUCAAACCUUUGUUGCAUACCUUCGAAGCCC